AAACGCAAUAAAUGACAAUGGAUACAUGUGCUAAAAUUCCGUUUAGCAACCCUGUGUCGCAGCGUCGAUUUUAUUGUCGAUAUUAAUAUCGUUGGUAAUAUAAUAAUUUUCUGUUUUGCUAAAGAUAACUUUUACUGUGUUAUUCAAAAGAAAUUAUUGUAAUUGAUUGUACAUUAAUAUGAGUGAUCCACUUCAAAAAUCUGGAAGAAUGACGGUGGUCUCGCAAGAGCUAUCAGAUCUUAAGUUUGUAAAGCUUCACAGCCCCAAGAUGAAGAGUGUAUAUUGGCAGCAUUUUGGAUUUCCUACUAAUGAACAUGAUCGCAUCAUCACAAAACAAAAUGUUGUUUGCACAUUAUGCCAUAAGGUUUUAACAAACCAUGGAAACACAACUAAUUUGCGCGCUCAUUUACAACACCGUCAUAAGGAUAUUUUUCAAAAAAUUUGUAUUGAAAAUGGCAUAAGAAUUCCACCACGUCGCCCACUCACAAAAGCUGGCAACAGUAGUACAGGUCCCGGUCGAAUGACCGUAAAACGUGAUCCUCUUCGACAGAAGGUUAAAAUGGAGUGUAGAGACACCAUUCAGGAUACCUCAAACACAGGAAGCUUACAAGGAGAAGAACCAUCAAUGCUCUAUGAGACAAUGGUUCCUAUGACAUACGAAGACGAUGAUGUUAUUGAUAACGAUCAUUUUGUCAAAGUAGAAGUUUCGGGAUCAGGUAAUGGGUUAAAAGCAAAGAAUAACACAACUGAGCAUAGUACCAUGGAAGUAAUAACUAUGGAUGCAAAGUAUACUUCGGGACCUAACUAUCGGUCGGAAAUGGGAGAGAUGGUUAGUCAAUAUCAAUUGCAAGAUGCAUUGGUAAAUAUGGUCAUUAACGAUGUUCGCAAUGUGGAUACACUCUAUGACCAGGGUAUGUCAAUAUUCAUACGCACACUCUGCGGCAACGUGGAAUUACCAUCUGAUAAAAAGAUUGAAGCGCUUAUUCGAGAAUUGCAUAGCGAUAAACUAACAACACUUUCAAGUCAAAUUAAAAUGCACUCACAAAUUAAGCCAUAUUCAUUGGGCUUUGAAAUUUGGAAGAAUGUUGAAAACAAACACUUUAUGUCCAUAUAUUUUAACUAUACCACAGAUGCACCAGAAUACAAUCUACUAAACCAAUUAUACUGUACAGUAGAAUAUAACAAGUUCACGUCAAUAGAUGAAAUAUUUGAAGAAUUCAAUUUGGAGAAUUGUGCGGCAGCUAUUGUGAGCUAUGAAUAUGAUGACUAUCUUAAACACUUUUUGAAAAGCAAAAAUAUUCCCAUUAUAUUAUCCUACGAUGUCACUGUGGACAAGUGUUUGAAAUUGGUAUUUGCUUUGCCCGAUGUUGUUUCAAUUAUUGAUCAAGUUAAAGAAAUGAUAAUGCGCUAUGGAUCCGAGAUAAGCUCAAAGGAUGUAGACAUUCCUACAAUAAAUGAUGAAUUCCCUUGGACUUUUUAUGAGCUUUUGAAAUUUUUUUCCGAGACUGUAUCGUGGCCUGAGGACGUAGACAUAUUGGUGUCAUCUUCAAAAGUCAUUGUGGAUACGUUAAAUAUAUUGGCCAUAACUUUGGAUACGCUAAAAGGUGAGGAAAUUCCUCACAGCAGUAUGUUGUCACCUAUAACUUCCAAAAUAGUAAAUAAAAAAUUGGCUUUGAGCGAUACUGAUGAUGAAUUGGUGGCGAACAUAAAAACAACAAUUAGCAAUGAGCUUCAAAAUGUAGUAAUUGCUGAUCACCAUUUGACUAUUGCAGCUUUGCUUGAUCCACGUUUUCAUCGAUUAACCACCGUUAAAAAUCUUGGAAAGUGUAUUCAGAUCUUAACCAGUAAAUACAAUCAAAUGCAUCAGCAAGACGUUGGCACCGUGACAGUGACUAAGGAUACAAUAGAACAUAAACCAGCAACUUCUACUUCUAGAAAAUCAAAUUUGGAGAUAUUUUUCGAUAUUCAAGACGAACCUGCUCCGAUAUCUGUGCCGCAAGAAGAUUGCAACAUAGAAAACGAUCUGAAGCGUUACAGAACAGAAGUUUACGUAAAUUUAGAUGAAUCGCCGUUUUCAUGGUGGAAUAAAUUAGGACAUGUUUAUGGAAGCUUAAAACGUUUGGCACCCAUAUACCAGUGCAUGCCGUGUGUUGUGAACAUGAAUUUUAAGAAACCUGUCAAGCAGCAAAUUUAUGAACAGCAUAAAAGGUUUAUGCUUACUGGCACUUUAAUCGAUGCCAUACUUUUCCUUCACAAUAAUAACGACAACAAAUUUGAUUAGAUUUGACCAGCGAGGAAUAAUUGUUAACUCUCUCUUAUUACAAUAAUCAAAAUAAAAAAUGCAGUUCAUAAGUUUGUAAAUGGACAAUUUGUCCUAAAUAUAAGUAGAUAUUAAUACGAAUGAGUAUAUAGAUAUAUAUAUGUACUAUAUAAUUAUAUCUUCAACAAAAUGGAUAUAAAAAGUCUAAUUAGACCAUGUUUUCUGCAAAUAGUAUAUAUUUUAUUUAUGUAUAUGUUUUCAUAGGGAUCUGAAACAAGCUUACUUUUCAAUUGAAUUUGUAAUAUAGCUCUUUCAAUUAGUAAAUGUAUGAAAUAUCAGAAAUAUUUCUACUAAAUUUAUGAUAUAUUACGUAAAUCUAAUUAAUGAGUAAAGACAUAUGGAAGCAAAUAUUAUAUACUAAUAACAAGUGUUGUAAUAUCAAACUUUUGUAAUUAUAAUUCUUUCACUUUUCAGUAUGCAAAUCAAGCACCAAUGAAUAUAUUCAAGGUAUGCCUCAAGUCUAAAAGUUGUCAAAAUCGGACCAUAACUGGUUGACGUUGUCCACAUCAAUUCAAUAUAUUAACUUUACCCUCUUUAUUUGAGUUUAUGUCUCAUUUGAGUUUAUAUCACACGCGAAAUAAAAUGCAACAAUCGGCCCUAUUCUCGUUUUAAUUGUCGUUUCCAAGUUGAUGUCGUUGAUAUCGUCGCUUCGUUGGGUUUUUUAUUCGUAUUGUAACGGAUUUCUCGAUAAAUCGUCUUGUAACUUAAUCUUGAGUUCGAUCACUGGAAUGUUAAAUAAUAGUCCCAAUUUAAUGGCUAUACUCUUAUUUUUAUUUCUAAUCCAAACAACUUAACGCUUUACUACUUAUCCGAAUUUCUUACUUACAUAUAUCUUAAUCGCUCUUUACACGCCAGCACUAAUUAAAACUGUCUGUUGUUCGGUGUGUAGUGAGAAAAAAAAUAAAAUAUAUAUUUUCACAAACAAAAGAAAUAUACGUUUACAUUAUUAAUUAAAUUUUAA